GUAUACCUAGUUCAGUCUAGCUCCAAGUCUCCUGAUGUGCGUUGACGUUCCAUGUGAAAACUGCAUUGUUCGCAAUGACGGGCUCCGGCUGAAAUGUUCUGAAUGUGCUGAAGGAUCCUCGAAGCUAUUCCCAAGACAAAACCGUCAACACUCUUCUGCGAUCAGCCACAUCUCCAACUCAUCGCCACCCACUCGGAAACGAAGCAUUGAUGGAGGAUAUACAUCUGGAACGGAUUCUGCGAAUACUUCUGAAAUUGUGAUAAAGAAAAGACUAACUUUCUCAAAAAAGAGCCAUUCAACUUCGGAAAUUGAGACAUGGAAUGCCCAUCUUCAAGUGGAUUAUCAUUUGGAAACCGUGACGCCUAGCUGUUCUACCGUAUACCAAAAAAUCACUUCUGAAACGUUAAUUGAAAUCAUGCAGAAGCUAUCGCAAAUUGAGUUUAUGCAGAAAUAUAUUCUAAUUGAUUGCCGAUAUGAUUAUGAAUAUAAUGGAGGGCAUAUUAAGGGAGCUCAAAGCCUGUUCAAUCCAGAAACUGCUGCAGACUUCUUCUUCAACAAAGAUGGUUCCAAGAAAAUCAACCGGAUACCCAUUUUCUACUGUGAAUACAGUCAAAAACGUGGACCAACCAUGGCGAACAACCUUCGGGAAGUGGACAGAAAACUGAAUUCAAAUAUCUAUCCGAGAUGUGAUUAUGAGGAGAUUUAUUUGUUGGAAGGAGGUUAUAAAAACUUUUACGCUUUCACGCGGGGAUUAGAGAAGGAACAAAGAGUACAACUCUGUGAGCCAGAUAAUUAUGUAAUCAUGUUUGAUGAUCGUUAUAAGGCUGAGCUUCGGAAGCACCAGUUCCAUAAGAAGAAUGUUUCGAAGCCAAUGAAGAAAUGGAGUUCAACAACAUCUGUGAUAUCUAUUCUAACAACUUCUGGAACUCGUAUUUCGACACUUCGUCAGACAUGUGAUCCCAUCCAUGAGCACGAUGCGCAUUAAGAAUAUGUAGUUCCCGGUAUCUUUUAAAAAGGAUAAUCAAAUAUUUUGUACUAUUUAUUAUGUUUAAUUAUAAUUACUAGUAUCCAGGAUAAUAGGAUGUAAAUUAACUUUGAUAAAUAAACUGAAUGAUUUGUCAAUAAACUUUUUGAAUUA